CAAGGUAUAGCUUUUUAUUCUAUUUUAUAUAUUUCUACUCUACACUCUUCUUCCCUGUAUCGCCGCACCAUGGGAAGGGUUCUUUGUUGAAACAGAUUUUAUCUCUUCUUGUUGGCUAGUGCGGAGUGUUGUUUUCUUUCUUAAACGGAACCCCGAAAUGCGGAUGUUUGAAGCAAAUAGCUAUAGAAACGUAAAGCUAGAUGCGAGUGCUGGUGCUGGUGGCCAAGUUCUAGACCUAGAAACUGCCAUUAAGGAUGGCAUUUUGGGCGGCGUUACCGGCGGCGGUUUAGUUUGUGCUGGUGUGGCGGAGAAAUUGGAUCUGAAGAAGAUGGUUGAAGAGCUUGAAUCAAUAGAAGUGCCGCCGGUGUUUAUAUGUCCGAUUUCGUUAGACCCAAUGCAAGACCCAGUGACUCUUUGCACCGGACAGACUUACGAGAGAUACAACAUCCUCAAAUGGUUCUCUCUGGGUCAUUGCACGUGCCCCACUACAAUGCAAGAGCUUUGGGAUGAUACGGUAACGCCAAACAGGACUAUGCAGCAGCUGAUUUAUAGCUGGUUCUCGCAGAAGUUCUUAGCCACGAAGAAGAGAUCAGAGGAUGUGCAAGGAAGGGCUAUUGAACUUCUGGAUAAUCUGAAGAAAGUUAAGGGUCAAGCUAAAGUGCAGACUUUGAAGGAACUUAGGCAGGUUGUGGCUGCACAUUCUACGGCAAGGAAGGCUGUGCUGGAUAAUGGCGGGACUGCCUUGGUUACAUCUUUUUUGGGCCCCUUUACUACUCAUGCUGUCGGGUCUGAGGCUGUUGGAAUUCUAGUGAAUUUGGAUCUCGAUUUUGCAACCAAGUCGAAUUUGAGGCAACCUGCAAGGAUUUCCUUAAUGGUGGAUAUGUUGAAUGAGGGUACUAUCGAGACCAAGAUUAAUUGUACCCGAUUGAUGGAAAUGUUAAUGGAAGGGAAUGAUUUUGAGCAUGAAAAUAUGUCGAGCUUGAGACUUUUAGCUGGUUUGUUGAGGUUGGUGAAAGACAAGAAACAUCCAAAUGGGUUAUUGGCUGGACUUGGUUUGCUAAAGAGUAUUUGUACACAUGAAUCGGUAAGGGGCUCAGUUGUGAGCAUUGGAACAGUUCCUCCAUUAGUGGAGCUAUUGCCCAGUUUGAAUAAUGAGUGCUUGGAAUUAGCGCUCUAUAUUCUGGAUGUUCUUUCAAGUAUUCCCGAGGGAAGAUUGGCUUUGAAGGUUUGUGCCAACACAAUACCGAAUGUGGUGAAGUUAUUGAUGAGGGUUUCCGAGACAUGCACGCGGCUUGCUUUGUCGAUAUUAUGGGCAGUUUGCAUGCUCGCACCAGAAGAAUGUACUGCACUUGCUGUGGAGGCGGGUUUGGCAGCCAAACUACUACUAGUAAUACAGAGUGGUUGCAAUCCUGUGUUGAAGCAGCAGUCGGUUGAAUUAUUGAAAUUGUGUAGUCUAAAUUGCACAUCUACCAUUUGUAUUUCCGAGUGUAAGCUUACGAGAACAAUACAGUGAAUGUGAGAAUUUGCUGAUAUAUACCAUCCGUUUCACCUGUCACAAGAUGGAUAGGGGCUUGAGCUCGGGAGAUUAGAUGAUGCAAAAUGGGGUCGUAAGGUAUUCGUUUCUCUCGCUUGUAUAUAGAUCAAAGAUCAUUGAUACACUGUAUUGGAUUUACAUGAUAGAAGCGUCAUAAUGUGGAUUUAGGCUAAUUGCAUAUUGUGUAAUUAUUAAUCCACUCUCUAUAAGCUGGCAGUUCGCCAAUUUUUUCUAAUAUAUAAUAACCCAAAGAGGUUAUGUUGUUAAA